UAUAUAUAUAUAGAUUUAGCACUGCUAAAUCUAUAUAAAAUGCCAGAGACUCCUGUAUUCUGACAUUUUCACAACACUGCAUUAAUCCAGACUAAUGUUUUAUGUUAUGGGGUGUCUAAAGGACUUGAUGCACAUUCACAAAGUUCUCCUUCAUCCUUGCCUGAGCUGAUGUUGGCUCUAUUGCUGGAGGCACCAUUUGAAAUUGUGUCUACUGUGUCCAUGUUUCCAUACACAGAACAUCGGACGGUUAAGAAAGUAGGAGUGUGACUGAGCUGCUGUGGACUCUGUGCCCCGACAGUGUCCAUGUUGGUGCGGGAGCUUGAGGCCUGCUUCCAUACAUCCCUGCUCUGGCUUUGUUGAUCCUAUUGUUUUUUGCGUCACCCACACGUCGCCCGGAAAAUAAAGGCCGUCUGGCUCCAAGCUUAAAUAUUGCGGCAAACUAAAAACCAACCAUCAGAGCCGAUUCAUUUACAUCUGCUCAGUGGGGCGACAAGGACAGGGCUUUAGGUGGGAAAGAGGGCAGAAAAAAGUUCACUCUCCCCUGCCGGGUGCCAAGAGAACGGGACAGGACUCAACUUUGCCGGAGCCGCAGCUGUGGCAAGUUGCCAAUUUGAUUGCCUUUUAUUCUUUAGUAGGGGACUUUAUGUUACCUACUGAUCUCUAAAUCUACCAUUGCUUCUACUAGAAUGUUGCCUUUGAGGGCUAUUGACGGCAAUGCAUAUUCAUGUGUUCAUUUUAGUAAAAUUUAAUGGCCUACAGAGAGAUUUUGUAAGAACUUUAGAUUUACUUCAAAUCAGUUUACUUCAUUGAUAUUGCUUGUCAUUAUUUAUAAUAGGAACUGGAAGUUCUCAGUUGGCCGUUAAGACUUUUGUGAAAUUUCAGUAUGUUAAGUUUUUAAACUGAAAUGCAUGCCAUUACUAGCAGCUAAUGUUUGAUGAACAAGAAUUUCAAAGUUGGAUUUGUCCUCUAAUGCAUUGCUUACCUUUGGCCCUCUCUUUCCCACUCCCACUAUGGAUCCUCCCUACCCCAUCCUCCCCGUGCGAAUGCACCCUCUGUGUCCAUUCCUACCCCACCCUUCAUUCUGCAGUGCUACGGACCGACCAUGGGUGACUGGAGCUUUCUGGGUAACAUUUUAGAGGAAGUCAACGAGCACUCCACGGUGAUCGGCCGGGUGUGGCUCACAGUGCUGUUCAUCUUCCGUAUCCUCAUACUGGGCACGGCGGCAGAGUUCGUGUGGGGCGAUGAGCAGUCCGACUAUGUUUGCAACACGCAACAGCCUGGAUGCGAGAACGUGUGCUACGAUGAGGCCUUUCCCAUCUCCCACAUACGCCUGUGGGUGCUCCAGAUCAUCUUUGUGUCCACGCCGUCUCUGGUGUACGUCGGCCACGCUGUGCACCAUGUCCACAUGGAGGAGAAACGUAAGGAGCGAGAGGAGGCAGAGCUUAGCCGGCAACAGGAACUGAGCGAGGAGCGUCUGCCUCUGGCACCUGACCAGGGAAGUGUCCGCACAACUAAGGAGACCAGCACCAAAGGCAGCAAGAAGUUUCGCCUGGAGGGCACCCUGCUGAGGACCUACAUUUGCCACAUUAUCUUCAAGACACUAUUUGAAGUGGGUUUUGUGGUAGGGCAGUACUUUCUUUAUGGCUUCCGCAUCCUGCCACUGUACAAAUGCAGCAGAUGGCCCUGCCCCAACACGGUGGACUGCUUUGUGUCUCGCCCAACGGAGAAGACUGUCUUCAUCAUCUUCAUGUUGGCUGUGGCCUGUGUCUCGCUCUUCCUCAACUUUGUGGAGAUCAGCCACUUGGGUCUGAAGAAAAUCCGCUUUGUCUUCCGUAAGCCAGCUCCAGCUCCAGCCCAAGGCGAGGGCACAGCCCCGCCUCUGCCAUCACAAGGAAAAGGUCUGUCCCCACUGGCUGUUCCCGUUUUGCAAAGAGCAAAAGGCUACAAGUUGCUAGAGGAGGAAAAGGUUCCACCUGUAACUCACCUCUACCCUCUGGCUGAGGUCGGCAUGGAGGCUGGCAGAGGGACUCCACCCUUCCAGACACUGGAGGAGAAGGUGGAGGAGGUACUGCCCAUGGAGGACAUCUCUAAGGUGUACGAUGAGACUCUGCCUUCCUACAGUCAAACAACGGGGACAGGGGAAGUGACGUUACAUGAAGAAGAGGUUGAGGAGGUGCCACCACCAGAGGUGGAAGCAGAGAGAAUAGAGGAAGGUCUAGAUGAGGAUGCGGAGGUAGAGGAAGGAGAAAACGAGGAGAUGGAAACUCCUGCUGAGGCAGAGGUGGAGGCGACGGAUACGAUAGAAGACACCAGACCAUUGAGUCGACUGAGCAAAGCAAGCAGCAGGGCCAGAUCAGAUGAUCUCACCGUAUGAACCUGUGAGACAAAGCACACGCAUGCCUUCACACAUUCAACAUCAGGGAGAGCAUACACCACUAACUCAAAGCAGUGCAUACUUUUACACAGGCAGGCCCAAAAAUGGAUGAAAAAGAAAAAUCGACAGGGAUAGAGAAAAACCUUUAAGGGUGGAAUUCUGCAGAAAGCACCCUCAAUAAAAUAAAAUAUAAUAAAAUAAACAAAAAAGUCAGAGUGUUUGAGGUAAAAUGGAAUAUAAAACUAGGGUUUAAAGAGGAGACUUUUUUACUAAGUGUGUACUUAUUUAAAAAGAAAAAUGGGGAAAUGUUUUUACUUGAUGAAAAUCAUUUUCAGUUUUUAGACAUCUUUUCUAUUGAAAGAGUUAUAGCUAUUUAUGAUGGAGAAAUAGGUACUUGUUUACAACGCUUGAGUUAAUAGGGAAAGACUACUAGAUUGUCUGCAAGUCAAUGCUUUUGCUGUAGAUGGACGAUGACUUUUCUAUUUAGACAGCGACAAAGUGUAAAGGCAGCCACACUGCUGUUGCUGAGAAACCUACUGCAUAGAAACACACAACAUCUGCUAAGGUUAGCAGAUGCACAGAUACUUAAAGACAAAAAAAGUUUGAUUUAGGUUCAGAGGGCCGUACUUCUUUUGCACAUUCAGAGAUUUCAACUCUGCAAGGCCUUUAACCCUCGUAACACCUCAUCUAUGGAUCCAUUUAUACAAGAUUCUUUCAAGAGAAGAGGGAUUUGCAUCAGUUUCAGAGCAUUUCUCUCCUUUUUGUGCUUAUAUACUAGGUGGUAAAAGCUAGAACAUAGAUAGUCAGAAAAAAAAAGAGAAAAAUUACCACAUGUUGGAUGUCUUUUUCAAUGUGAUUUGCAUCUUUUAUUUUAGACCUGCUUAUGUUCUGUAGCCGUUCAAAAAAGGAAAACCUGUGUACUGUGAUAUCAGCUGUCCAUGCAAGACAGCAGGGCUCAUUUUGCCCAAUCAGAGAGAGGACUAUAGUAGUGACCUCAAGCCAAAUCCUCUCUGCGUGCUGUACAAAUAGGCGUCCGGGCGAUAAAGAUCAUGCAGCAUCAGCACAAACUAUUGUUGGGGGCACCACAAUAAAAGAAACCACACUCAUCAAUGAAAACAGGCAUCCUUGACCCAGGAAAUCAAACCUUUGACUCAGUUUCAUUUACACAUUAGUAUUUAUCAUUACACAACAAGGACAAACUACAAAAUGCAUGAAGUUUCAGA